UAAACCAACACUGUCCGUUACAUCUCGUGGACAAAAAAAACAAAACGAGUCACCUGACACCACCGUCUGAGACUCCACGAGUCAAUACUGCCACACCGUGGACAUUUGUUUAACCGCAGGCGUCCCAAUAAAUUUGCUGACGCAGUGAUGUUCACUAAAGGAAGGGUUUGAGGACAUUGUUUGAGUAAGAAAGGAAGAAAAAAAAAGGCAACUAGAUGUUGCAGUGGUGCUCGUCUGACCCCAGUCAAGGUAAACUAAAAAUAGAUCAGCAAAAAGUGAUGACUGUUUGAGUGAAUGUCAUCUCUGUCUGCUUCUUUUCAUCCAUGUAUACACAACCUCUUUCCCACAUGAUAUUCGGCCCAUGUCUAUUUUGUAAACACAUAAGGGCCACAAGCAAGUGUUAGCUUUACUCGGACGCUCCAGUCAUUAGAUGAUACAAACAUGGAGCGAACAAGUAGCAUCAGGAGAAAGGCCCUUGCUCGUCAGCACAAGGCUGAAGUCAUGAUUGCCGGAGAACAACUCAGGUUGAGGCUUCACGAUGGAAAACUGAUCAAGGACAGACGCUACCACCUACGAACAUACCCAAACUGCUUUGUAGCCGAGGAGCUCGUCACCUGGCUCGUGAACCAUAAGGAGGCGCCGGAUCGGACAACGGCCGUACAUCUGAUGCAGCACCUCAUGGAUCAGGACAUUGUGCACCAUGUUUGUGAUAGGUCUGGAUUCAAGGAUGCCAAACUGCUAUAUCGUUUCCGCAAAGACGAUGGUACAUUUCCCUUCAAUAAAGAAGUGAAAAUCUUCAUGAGAGGACAACGACUGUAUGAACAUCUCAUUGGGGACAAGCACUCCAUUCUGCAGCUGAGAGAGGAGCACGGUGUUGCGUACCAGCGCUCCUUUCUUGGCUGCCAGCUAAUUGAUUGGCUCCUCCAAAAUGGAGAGGCAGUGAGCCGGUGCCAGGGUCUGGAGCUGUGCCGCGCUUUACAAGAGCAAGGCAUCAUUCAGCACGUGGCCAAAAAACACGAUUUCUUUGACAGUGGGCUUCUCUAUCAAUUCCGCAUCAACUUCCGGCGCAGACGACGUUUGUCCGAACUGCUGAGUGAAAACGAGCAGGACAAUUGUCAAGGCAAAGUGGCGUCGUCACAAGAAGACAGCCAACCGGACAGUCCGUUUGUUCUCCACAAAAAUCCGCCCCUGGAGCCUGCUGCUGGUUUUCAGUCAGUGGGAGCCAGGCAAGAGCUUAAAAUUGUGACCGGUGGCCGGCGAGGCAGCUCGAGUUCCCUUCAGCUUCACUCUGCAGGAUUCCCCCCGAUUGCUCAGCUGUCUUUGACCUCAGCCGCAAGAUGUAACCCAGACUCGGUUCUUAAAAGACAUUUUACUUGCGAAGAGUUGCUGGCACCUGGAGCGCAAUUUACCAAGAGAGUGUUGACGGUGACGGGUGAUGCACUUGGCUGGGGCUUUGUCAUUAGAGGCGCGGCUCCUUGUUAUGUGCAAGCCGUUGACCCCGGAAGCCCCGCAGCAGCUGCCGGAGUCAAGGUACGGCAGUUACUGUGUCAGGUGAACGGUCAGUGUGUACUCUACCUGGACUACAGGAAAGUGACCACAUUGAUAAUGACAGGUCCUCGCAUUGUUGUCUUGGAAGUGAUGGAAACGCUGGAAUAA